UGACGACGGAAGUAAUCAUAAAUAUGAUCGUAAAUAUAAUAAUGGUUCCGUAUUGCCUCAACUUCAAGGAAGGAUAAUGUUUAUCAUUUGAUAAAAAUAAGAAAUUUAAACUAUGCCAUAUUUUCUUUUGGUAUUGUGUUGAAAUAUAAAUAUAAGUUAAAACACUUAAUACAAGUGUUUUUUUAUAGUUCGUCUUCAAAUAUUGAGCGACGUACUGCCCUCUCCCAACCUGUCUAGGCCAUUACCACAGACUACUAAGAGAACCUGCCACUAUCGAUAGACUCCAUAGUUUUAUAAAAACAGUAUUAUUGAUUGUUAUUGCAAUAGCAGAAGCAAUACUACCGAUAUUACCGAUAGUUCGGCAACAGUACUAUUAGACUAUUUAUUACUACUAACACCGGAUGUAAUGUUGAGCGACAGUUUAGAAAGAACAAUAGUAUCGAAAGUUGCGAUACUAUCGAUUGUUCUUGAGACGAUACAACACGACACGACAUGUAUUGUGUUCGUGACACUUAUAAGAAUAUCUCAUAAAGAUUGGUCUUUGAUAAUCGCCCACCUCUAACUAGGGUUGCCAUUUUGUGGAGAAUUCCCCAUAGUUGUGGCAGUUGUGGGGAAUGUCAAGUUGAUUACAGAAUGGUAUUAUGCAGUAAUCGCCAAUCAAAUUACUAUUUUUCAUAAAUUUUAAUCACAGUGGAUUUGGAUUUGAUCUGACUUAUAUGGGCUAAUUCUGAAUAAACUAUAACAAAAAUCCAAAUACCUUAAUUAAAUAAUUAAAACAUGUUUCAUUUCUAUAAUUUUGAAGAGAAUUUGUAAGAAACAGAGUGUUUUCUCAUAUUAGCAACCUUGUCUCUACCGCUAACGAGAAACACUGUUCCAGGCCAUUAUUUUUAUAUAAAAAUUGACAAAUGAUUGUUUAAACGUCGUUUAAACAGCGCGGUGAGCGCGGGUCCAUUAAGGUACUGAAGACUAGGCAGCAGCAUGGUCUUACGAUCCCUGUUUCCUAAAUGGGCAAACGGAAAAAAGGAUCCACUAAGUCAUCAUCAAGUGUCAGUACUGAAGACUAGGCUGCAUGGUCUUAUGAUCUUAGCCUGACCCACAAAUGGGCAAAAAAACAUCAAGUGUCAAACGACAACAAAUUGAGAAUAAAUAUUGUUUAAAAUAUUUUAAGAUAUAUAUGUACUAAUAUUAAUCGUAAGCAGUUAACGAACGAAAUGAACGAAAACAAACUUUUCAGUUGAUUGUAUGUAAUUCCAAAAAAUAAUUGUGAAAUGACUCAAGUGAUGUACAACUUUAGGUGACUGGAUUGAAAUAAAUUUUAUAAUGUAUAUUCACGAACGUUUUUGCCAGUGGCUGGGCCACUUAAAGCUGUCUCGUGUAAUAUUAACAGUAUCUGUUAUACUGUUCGUGGUGCCGCUCGUUACGCAUUAUUAUUUAUCCAAGUAUGAAUCAACAACUUCAUCAAUGGGUAUAAAUUCUAUACAUCAUACUUUGGAGGCAUUGGGAGACCUGUCAACUGUCAAUGUGGCUGAUCUCAAGCUCAGAAUAGAGGAGAUGCUGAGAAUUAAGGCUUCGGUGUCGACGGAGCUGCGAGAGUUAGAGGCGCGGCGGGGGCGCCUGCAGCGCGAGGCGGCGGCGGCCAGCGCGAAGGCGGAGGCGGUGAAGGCGGAGCACGCGCGCGCGGCGGGCGAGCUGCAGCGGCUGCGCGUGUCGGCGGAGCAGGCGCGGCUGGCGCAGCUGGAGGCGGCCCGCCGCGACGCGCCGCACCUGGCGCCGCCCGCGCGCCUGCUGCCCGCGCGCCCGCCGCCCGCGCGCCCCGAGCCCGGCGCCUCCUCCGAGCCCUCCUGCCGUAUGCACUCCUGCUUCGACCACUCCCGCUGCUCCCUCACCUCCGGCUUCCCCGUCUAUUUAUACGACCCCGACGUCCAUUCCCCGCUAGCCGGCGCCGAAGUCGAUGGCUUUCUCAAGACCACCCUCCGACAGACUCUCGGCUACAAUGCGCAUUUGACGCGUGACCCUAACGAGGCCUGCAUAUAUCUCGCGCUCGUCGGCGAGGCGUUUCCGUUCGAGAAAAAUCCCUCGUCUACUACAGAGUCAUACAAAUUGUUGCUGAAUGAGACUGCAGUGAAAAGUUUGCCGUUUUGGGGUGGCGAUGGACGGAACCACGUGUUAUUGAAUUUAGCGCGGCGCGAGCUGUCUGUGGGCUCGGGCGACGCGUUUCGAGGGUCGUCUACCGGCCGCGCCAUGAUAGCUCAGUCCACGUUCACACAGGAUCAAUUCCGUCCAGGCUUCGAUGUAGUGACUCCUCCCGCCCUCGGGCCUCCCGGAGGCGAUGUAUGGGCCGAUUGCGCGCCGAUGGCUCCUGCGAGACGGAAAUACUUGCUGAGUUUUCAGGGCUCUCAACCGCCGGCCACGGGUCCUAUGAGGGAUUACGACAAAACUCUGAUUGAAAAUUUAGAAAAGAUAGCUAAAUCGGCACCAGCUUCCGACGUUUUUUACCUGCAAUUUGAGUGUGACCCGCCAGUGGAGAGGAGAGCCUUACUUCCGAUCGGAGACUGGGCGCUGUGUGGCACCGACCGCUCCCGCCGAGCGAUACUGCGCGAUUCCACAUACGCGUUGAUACUCGCCCCCGCCGACAGAACUUAUUCAACUACGGCUUUGUUACAAGCGAGACUAUACGAGGCGCUAAGAUCCGGAGCGAUUCCAGUGAUCCUCGGCGGGGACCGCAUCCGCCUUCCUUACGACGAGGUGCUAGAUUGGCGACGCGCGGUGAUAUCACUUCCAAAAGCGCGAGUCACGGAACUGCAUUUCUUCAUGCGUGCGUUGUCAGAUCCGGAUCUGUUAGUGUUCCGACGGCAAGGGCGGGUAUUGUGGGAGCGGUACCUGAGUUCGGUGCAAGCGAGUAUGGAUUCGCUACUGGCGAUGAUCAGGACGCGGCUGAACAUCCCGCCGCCGGCAGCCGUGCCGGUGAGCGGGGCGCCGGCGUUCAACGACUCGUACUACCCGCCGCGGGUGGAGCCCCCGGCCGUGGAGACCGAGCCGGAGGAGACGCUCGGGCCGCUGGAGGCGCCGUACGCGAGCCCGGCGUACAAGCGGAACUACUCGGUGGGGCUGGUGCAGGGGUACGAGAUGUGGAACGAGUGGGGUGAGCCGUUCACGCUGUACCCGCAGCUGCCGUGGGACCCGGCGGUGACGUCGGAGGCGCGCUUCGUGGGCUCGGCGGCGGGGUUCCGGCCGCUGGGCGCGGGCGCGGGAGGCGCGGGCCGCGAGUUCAGCGAGGCGCUGGGCGGGGACCGGCCGCGGGAGCAGUUCACCGUCGUCGUGCUCACCUACGAGCGGGAGGCCGUGCUCUCCGCGGCGCUCGCGAGGCUGCGCGGCUUGCCUUACUUGAACAAGGUGGUGGUAGUGUGGAACGGCGUGUCGGCGCCGACCCCGUCGGCGUGGCCGGAGAGCGGCGCGCCCGUGGCCGUGGUCCGCACGGCGCGCAACUCGCUCAACAACCGCUUCCUGCCGUACCACCUCAUCGACACGGAGGCCGUGCUCUGUGUCGACGACGACGCGCAUCUCAGGCACGACGAGAUCGUCUUCGCUUUCAGGGUGUGGCGUGAGCAUCGUGAUCGCAUCGUGGGCUUCCCUGGCCGUUACCAUGCGUGGGACCUCAACUUCAACAACGGCUUUCUUUAUAAUUCUAACUAUAGCUGCGAGCUGAGCAUGGUGCUGACGGGCGCGGCGUUCGUGCACCGCUACUACCUGUGGGCGUACUGGAGGGCGCUGCCCGCCGCCGUGCGCGACUACGUGGACGAGUACAUGAACUGCGAGGACAUCGCCAUGAACUUCCUCGUCGCCCACAUCACCAGGAAGCCACCGGUUAAGGUGACAUCGCGUUGGACUUUCCGCUGCCCCGGCUGUCCAGUGACCUUGUCCGCGGACGAGACACACUUCCACGAGCGACAUAAGUGCAUACAGUUCUUCUCUCAGGUUAUGGGCUACACGCCGUUGUUAUCGACACAGUACCGCGCGGACUCGGUACUUUUCAAGACGCGAAUACCACACGACAAGCAGAAGUGCUUCAAGUUUAUAUAAGGAUUUUUAUCCUUGUGAUAUAUCUAGUAUCUCAUUAGAUUAUGUCUUGUUAAUCUGAAGCAACUGACUAUUAGGAUAACGGGAAGAUUCACAAUCAAAAUUUUGUAACAAAACGAACUCAAAACUUGAGCGGAAAAUAUUCGUUACGUACCUAACUAAUAUAAAACUGCAAGAUAUUUAUAAUUACACCCUCCGCAAUGUACUUCGUAUUUGGUAAGUUUUAUCAAAUAGGCCCCAGGGGGGUUACAACAGAUACCAUUUGCGCAAAUGCGCAUAUAAAAGUAAGUGCGCAAUGCAAACAAAUGUCAAAUAGCAAUAUUGUUUUCUUAGAUGAAUUGCUUCGUUUUCGCCAUUUUAACCUCCCUGGUCUCAGUCUUUAUGAAAAUUAAGGUGAUGCUGCUCUGUUUUGUUCACCGUCAACCGCAAGCUUACGCACGCUAUCGCCUCGUCGAUUCUGACGCGUGCAGUCUCUCUCUCUCUCUCGUUCUAGUAACAGUAGCUCUGAAUAACAGAAAAGGAUAGAAGCAUAGGUGCGUUGAGGUGCUGACAGAUACUCUCAAACCCUGAUAAGACGUUGGUCGUAACAUUUUAUACGUAUUUUUGUUAUCUGUCACCAAUGUGGACAUAGAGUGUUCUUAGUAUUGUGACGAUCAGAGUCAGUUAGUCAAAACAGUUGCUAUGUAGAGAUGAAAAGAGCUGAUAAUUUAGUGGAAUAAUCUUUCUUCUUAAACAAGUUAAUGAGGUGGCAUACCAAUAUCUAUAAAUUGUUAAAGAUGCAUUUCUAAUUGAUCUUUAAGCAUAUUGAUAAUACUUUAUAAUUUAAAAUAUUUUUUUAUUAUUGCUAUCGGUAUUUAUUCUCGCUUAUUACAACUUUGUGAAUAAUUUCAAUGUAUUUUUUACUUUUAUUUUUAUAUUCCAAUUUCAUAAGGCCUGUUAGGUUACGUUUCAGUUGUCAUACCGAUAUGAAAUUACGGUACCGAUUUCCUAUUGCUAUCGUAAUUUUAUACCGGUAUGAUAACUACUUGUAUACCUCGACAUUUUCAAGUCCUGUGUAAACAUAAAUCUUAAGCCAGUGUGAAUCAAAUCAAGUGAAUAAACGCAUUUGUUAUAUUUGUAUUUUUUUAUGUAAGUACGUAAAUUAUUUUGAUCAUGUACAUUAUGUAAGUUUGUUUAUAUUUUCAACUUAGCUAUGUAAUUUGUAGUAUAUGACAAUAAGAUAAGUACAGAUGUGUACAUAUACUUGUUAAGUAGGUAGCUAGAGCACUUAGAAGGAUAAUAAUUAUUACACCGUCCGUUGUUACAAUACGAGUACCCUCUAGAGCAGGGUUUCCCAAACUAUGGAUUCCUGGUGGGUCGUGAGCGAAUAUAGAGUGGGCCCUGUAUGCAGAACGACAAACGAACCGACCGAGACAACUGCGGGUAUGUUAUUUUUAAAGUUGUUUAUGCAUUUUGGUACCGAUAAAAUUUCCUAAAGGUGGGUCCCGACUUUGUAAACUUAUAUUAGAUGGGUCGUAGCUCGGACAACUUUGGGAACCACUGGUCUAGAGGCGAUGUAAACGUAAUUAAUUGCUACCAAAAACAAAAACAUGUAAACCAAUUAUUUGAUGAUAACUAAACCAGACCCUUUUGAAUAUUUUUUAUUCAUCUCCUUUAUUAAUGUUUUAAUUAUUUUAAUGAAUCUUUAUUGAUACGAGAAAUACAUCUCAUGGAAGAGUGGUGCCGCCACGAAUACUCACAUUUUCCUUCCUUGUAGUAAAAUGAUAUAGUGUUUAUUAUUAAUUGAAAAAAAAAAAAAAAAAAACACUAGUCCCAAAGAAUACUUUUAAGACUGAACGAUUUUCGUUUAAAGUUUAUUUUCUAU